GCCAAAUCCGACAAGCCAGUCGGCGAUUGCACGGCGCGGUUUACUAACGCAUCCACGAUCCCGCGCUACUAAUUUCAAAUACGCGAAUUAACGUUCGAUUUUCGAAAUACAAAAUUUUCUUACAAGUUUAUAUUUUCGACCGAAUACGCAAUUUUUCGGAAGAAUAGUUUUAUUCUAUUUUUGUAUUAUUGUGCUAGUGCUUGUGAAGUGGUAUUAACAUUAUUUUCAAAUUGGAUUUUAAAAUAAUGCCCAAAGUUGUGUGCGCAGCGCUUUUAUUUUCACGGCUAGAAAGCCGAUAGAAUUGGGCAUUUUUGACGGUUUCGGAACCCCGGCCUCCAGCGCCUGAGGAGAUGCAGGCGCGACACAGUCUCUGGUGGCAUUUAGUGCUCGACCUACCUAUAUUACUAUUAGUUUGUGCAGUAUGCAUCUUGCUCGAGGUGGGUGCACUGCCGAGCCGGCGCAGCGGGUUCAUGUGCCACGACCCGGCGCUCUCGUUCGCAUACACCGGCGACACCUUCUCCAUCUCGCUGGUCGUCGCCGUCACUAUUAUCGUUCCAUUUAUUGUUAUGUGGGCCGUGGAGACCAUCCACCAUCGUCACGACGAAUAUAAUAUGAAGACCAACAAGCUCGUCGCCAGCGCCAAGACAGCCGGCCUAAUAUACAGGGACUACAUCUACGGUGCAGUAGUGGUAUUCACUAUACUCGAAGUGGUCAAGUGUGUGAUCGGCUCCCCAAGACCUACGUUCUUCGAUUUAUGCGAGCCUGACGCAGAGAAGACGUGUAAACAUUCGGAGUUUGUGACCAGCUACACGUGUACUUCUACGAAGUACUCGAGGUACUUGAAGAUCGAUUCCGCCAGAAGUUUUCCAUCUGCUCAUGCAACUAUGUCUAUAUACUGCGGACUGUUUGUCGCUUGGUACCUCCAGAGGCGAGCGUUUAGCUGGCACAACCGCUCAGUGCUGAUUGUGCCGCUGGUGCAGACCAUCUGCCUAGUUUACGCCGCAGUCUGCACCCUCAGCAGACUCACGGACCACCGCCACCACUGGUGGGAUGUGCUGGUUGGCGGCUUGAUGGGACUCCUCGCCGUACUAUAUACGAUCCUGGUCCUAUGCAAGAACUUUUCGCAGCCGGCCGUGGUCAGCACCAGUGACAUAUCGAGCAGUGACAGCAACAACCACCCGUCCGUCCGACGGCUCCUACCCAACGAAUCGCGGACAGCCAUGCCCUAGCCUCAAGCAGUGUAAGCUUCGCGCUUACGAGGAAAAAAAAAUAAGUUACCUUUAUGGUAUCCUUCAUAUUUCGAAUACAUUUAAAUUCGGAAUGUUUGUGUGUGUAAAAUAAGAUGGCGUAUACCGCGCAUUGGCGAGUUCAAAUAUAGAAAUGGAACAUUUUAAUGAUUGUGACGUAGCAAUUUUUUGACUAAUAAAAUAUCCCAAAUUUGCCAUUCUAAUGAAAUAAAAAUUAUACUGAGAUUAAUAGUAAUAACUGGAUAAAGUGAAUGUUAUAAAAUAUUAGUGUAAUGUAGAAAUAUUAAAAUCAAACGAAUUAAAAAGUUCAUAGUGUCAGAAUGGAGUCAUAGAUCUUUUUAAUAUUUAAAAAAGUCGUAAUUGCUUGUGCGUGUUUAAAAUUAACAGUCAUAAUUAAUUUUGUACAUAGAAUUUUAGUUAUUAAUAGGUAAGUAGAUAAAUAGAUGUAGACGAUAUUAUUGUGUAGUUUGUUAGAUUAUGUGGCAGUUUAUUUAUUUAUCACAACAUGAUGAAAGUUGUGGCUGAGGACAUAACUAACAAUGCUUUAAACUUAAACCUCAUUUUAUACAUAUUUCAUUCUGAUAUUUAAUUAAAUAAUAUUUUUUUUAUUUAUUAAUAUAAAUAAUAAUGCAGACAUUUUAUUUUUUAUGCAACAUUAAUUUUAUAUACAAUUAAUUUAAACAACAAAUACUUUCUACUUAAUAAUAGGACACAUGGAUAUCUUUUACUAUGUAUAAUGUCCCAUUUGUCCACUUAGAUUUUUUUUUGUUUUUAACAAAUUUGGAAAUAACAUUCCGUUGUUUAUAAUUAUUUAAAAAUAAUAUACUCUGACUCUAAAUAAUUUUGUAUAAAAUUAUUUUCGAGUUCCAUGUAUUAUUAAUGUGAUGUCAAUAAAUAAGGAAAUGUCUACCAGUGAAAUUUUCUAUUAUUUUAUUUAGAUACGUAUGUUAAAAAUACACACGGGUAAUUAGAAAAUUCAUUUCUUAUUAUUAUUUACGCAUUUAAUUACAAUUAUUUUAUUUAAAAUAGACAAAUAUCGAAACUGUUUUUAUAUAAUUUGGGCAAAAUAUCAGUAUAACGAAAUUAAAAAAAAAACUCGUUUCUUUACGAAAAGCGUGCGCAAUAAACGCAACGCUUAUAUUUGCUAAAAUGACAUCAAUAUUUUAAAUUCAUUAUAAAUCAAUAAUCACCUCAAGCGAGCACUUACUUACACUUAGAUUAUUUAGUAUUAAUAGAAUGAAGUUCAAGUGUAGGUACAAAAGUCGUGUUAGAAAAAUAUGUUUCAUCUGUCAUAAAAUAAAAAAAAAAUAUAUGUAAUGUUUCGACUUUUUAAAUUCAUAAUGUGUGAAAUAAGAAUUUUAAAUAAUUAUUUCUAAGUAGAAAUACAACUGUGGGGGAAACACUGAGAACAGUAUUCGUUGUACAGUACCUGGUCUAGUCGUAAGUUUUAUUGUAGUUACAAAAUUGUUUAGUAUUUUAAUAGUAAACAUUACAUACCCACCUUCUAUUUAAUAUAUUAUUUAUAAAUGUAAAAUAAUAUUCUUUCAAACACUAUUGUAUAUAAAUUUCAUUAUUUACAUUUUAUUAAGUAAAACAAAAUUAUGUAUGGAAUAUUGAAAUAGUUCUGUUUCGAGCGUAUCCUGGUUCCCAUAACCAGAGGGCUUACCAUGAAAUAUUUACCGAAACUUCAGGGAUGAACGAACAAAAAUUUGAUGUUAAAAUUACACAAUACAUGCCAUGCUUAUGUAAGUGAAAUUAAUCACUCACAUUAGACUAAGUACAUAUAGAUUUAGACAAUUCGUCAAUGUAACAGCAAAAUAUUCUGGUAUACUUAUUCAUUCAACACCGAUAGAUGGCGUUCUUUUAUUUAUUUAAAGAAUUAUAUAUCAGUCUUAGAUAUGUUAGCAAACAAUUGACUGAACGUUAUUUAGAGCGUUUUUUAACACUACGCUCCAUCUAAUAGUAAAUGAUUUAUAUCUAAGGCUCUGAUGUAUGCACGUUAAUGCUGAUCUCAGUUCGAGUCACGUUUUAUCUUAUCAAUAUGUAGGUGUCUACAGACCAAAGGUGCGUACAAAGAGCGUAUAUACAAAGCCAUUAAGAAGUGAAAUAAAACUGUAUGUAGCUACAAAAGCACAUUUUUUAUGUACGUCUCUAUGGUUUGAAAUCCUCGACACUUUAUUUGUAGUUUUAUGUUUAAAAUUAAUGCAAAAACACUAAUAGUUUACAACAAUUGUCAAUUAUUAUAUUUAUUAUACAAAAAGAUAACACCACUAUUUGUACAAACUAAAAUGCCAUUAUUUUCGAUACCAAUUUUGCGGGAACUGAAGAACGAAUAACUCGUCUUUUAGGAUGCACGGAACUCAAUUUACACUUGUUUAUGUUUAUUUUUACUUAAUAAAAUGUAAUCUUUACUCAAUCUGAGACAUUGACAUUCCUUCGCAUUUAACGUACUACUUUAGAUAUACUUUUUUAUUGCGGCCUCUUUGUAAAUAAUAUGUUAAAGAUGCGUCUGUAAAACUUGUUCUGUCUGCGAAUUUUGAAUAAAUUUAUGGACAGCUA